AUGGCGACUCAGGACAAUAGAAAGAGUGGCGAUGUCGAGCACGACAAGCCCGGCGUCAAGACGCAAGAGUAUGCCGGCUCCAACUGCGGUCUGACACCUGAGGACCGGGAAUUCAUGUCACGCUACGAAGGCAAGGCCGGCAAAGCCAUUGUGCGCAAAAUCGACGUUCGUUUGAUCCCCAUCAUGGGCAUCCUCUACCUGCUGGCACACAUCGACAGAGGAAACAUUGGCAACGCCAAGAUUGAGGGCAUAGAUCAGGAGCUGGGUCUCGUAGGCAACCAGUACAACAUUGCCAGCACCAUCUUCUUUGUUCCCUACAUCAUCUUCGAGAUCCCCUCCAAUAUCAUCCUCAAAAAAGUCCGACCCAGCAUCUGGCUAUCCCUUCUCAUCAUGGCUUGGGGUAUCACCAUGACCUGCAUGGGCUUCGUCAAGAAUUUCGACGGCCUGGUUGCUACGCGUGUUGUGCUUGGUAUUUUCGAGGCUGGCUUCUUUCCCGGCGCAGUCUACAUCGUCUCCUCGUGGUACCCCCGACACGAACUUCAGCAGCGCCUCGCUUUGUUCUACACCGCAUCCGCGUUCAGCGGAGCACUCAGCGGUCUCCUUUCCUACGGCAUUGCCCGCAUGGACGGUGCUCGCGGCAUUUCCGGCUGGCGUUGGAUUUUCCUCAUUGAGGGAGCCAUCACCGUCGCCGCCGGCAUCGCCAUGCCUUUCCUCGUCAUUGACACCCCUGAACACGCAAAGUGGCUCAGCGACGAUGAGAAACGCUUCAUUGAUCUUCGCCUUCGUCUCUCAGGCGUGCGUUCCAAUACCGAGGAGGGCGACAAAUUCUCCUGCAAGCUUCUAUUCUCAACCAUGAUCGACUGGAAGAUCGCCCUCGGCAUCCUUCUCGCAUGGGCAAACUCGGUCCCCAACGCGGCCUUCAAGUUCACCAUGCCUCAAAUCAUCAAGCAGCUGGGAUUUUCCACCGUCAACGCCCAGCUCCUCACCAUGCCUCCGUACGUCUGCGGCGGCAUCUCGGCUUGGUUGGUCGGCCGCUUCGCCGACAAGUUUCGCUGGCGCAUGCCCUUCAUCGUUGGGCCCAUGACCGUUCUCGCAGUCGCCCUCGGGGUCCUGUUCGGCUACUCGGACAAGGUCACGACGAGCGUGCCAGCCAUGUACGUCGGCGUCGUCCUCGCCCAGGUUGGAAUCUACCCUCUCCUCCCGGGGAUCAGCGCCUGGGUCGGCAACAACCUGGCACCCUCGUGGAAGCGGUCGAUUGGUCUCGCGUGGCUCCUCGCCGCCGGAAACCUGGGCUCGCUCGUCGGCACAAACAUCUUCCUCGACCAGGAGGCGCCUCGCUACCCCACCGGCUACGGCACGGCGCUUGGAAUCAUUUGCUUGGGUCUCAUCGCGGCCUUCGCUCUUGAAUUCUUCCUGUGGAAGAUGAACAAGCGCAAGGCACGGCUUUCGGAGAGUGCGAUUCGCGCCGAGUAUACCCAAGAUCACCUAGACUGCAUGGGAGAGAAGAGUCCGCUGUAUAUCUACACCCUUUAA